CGCUCCUUUAAUCAUUGCCAUCCGGAUUGUUCAUCAUCUUCUUUGCUCCUCGGGCAAUUGAACUAUCCAGACAUUCGCUCAUUGCAUCAAAACCGGGCCCCACCCAACGCUUACUGUUGGGCACUGGAUACUACCCCUUUUCACUUCGUGCGUCUGCCGUAGGAGCCAUCUGCAGCAUUUGUACAAUCAUGGGGCAGCAUCAUGAGGCCUACCGAUCCGACAAGCAGGGCGAAAAACAGGAAUCUGCAUGCAGGGAGCAUGGCAAAAUGACACAUCCACCCAUGCAGCGCCAGCUGCCAUGCGCAGGGAAACAGGACCAUGUCCAUGACCAUCCUGCCGCCAGCCACCGUCAGGGUUUAUUUAUAAACCAGCUCCCCUGCUGCCGUUCGCUAGCCUGGUGCUUUGUAGCACUGCUGUUGUUCACUGCUUUAAGCUCUGUAUCUGCCGCCCCUGGAUGUCGUCCAUCAGUAAAUCUGCUGCCCUCCAAGGACGACGUUGACGACUAUAACAAAAUCGACUGCGUUUCUGUUUGGAGAAGUACGGUUUGGGUAACCAGCACAACAACUAUUACUCUUCCUUUUCCUUCUGCUUCUUCUUCUGCUUCUGCUUCUUCUUUUCCUGCCGCUAUUUCUACUCCCGCCGCAGAUUAUCCUGUCAUUUCGCGGACAUCUGAAAGUACACCCCCGUCCCCCUACGAAGGCUCGUGUCGGGUUCGUCCCACUCGACCCACUCCCAAACCUCCUAGCCCUAGUUCGCCAAUUCCCAGUCCGCCCAGCAUAUAUCCAACCAGGCCGAGUCCCCCCAGUCCCAGCCCAUCACAUAACAUGUCGAGUCCUGACGGCUAUAAGUCUAUUGUGUACUACGUCAAUUGGGCCAUCUACGCCCGUAAUUACAACCCACAGGAUCUACCAGUGAAAAAGCUGACCCAUGUUCUGUAUGCGUUCGCGAAUGUUCGCGCCGAAAGCGGAGAAGUUUUUCUGACCGAUACCUGGGCGGAUACCGACAAGCAUUUUCCAACUGAUUCAUGGAGUGAGACUGGAAACAAUGUCUACGGUUGUGUUAAGCAGCUUUUCCUGCUCAAAAAGCAGAAUAGACACCUGAAGGUCCUGCUUUCCAUUGGUGGAUGGACAUAUUCUCCCCAUUUUGGCGCUGCCGUGAGCACACCAGCCGCCAGAACCAAAUUUGCUGAAUCUGCCACGCAGUUGCUGCUUAACCUGGGAUUUGAUGGACUUGACGUUGACUGGGAAUAUCCCAAAGAUGAUGAGGAAGCAAAAAACCUUGUCGAGCUUCUUAAAACAACCAGAGAGGUGCUCGAUCGUGCAGGCGGCAAAGAUCGCAGAUUCCUUCUAACUGUGGCUUGCCCGGCAGGUCGCCAAAAUUUCGAGAAGCUCCGCCUCACGGAAAUGACCCCCUAUCUAGACUUCUAUAAUUUAAUGGCAUACGACUACUCCGGAAGCUGGGAUACGAUAGCAGGCCAUCAAUCAAAUAUUGAGCCCUCAAAAUCCAAUCCAAAGUCAACUCCUUUCUCCACCAAGGAAGCUGUGGAUUAUUACCUUGGCGUCGGCAAAGUGCCACCCUCCAAACUUAUUUUGGGCAUGCCAUUAUAUGGGCGCACGUUCGCCGACACUGACGGCCCUGGAACUCCCUUCCAUGGAGAUGGUGGCCAGGGCAGCUUUGAGAAAGGGAUUUGGGAUUACAAAUCUCUGCCCAAGGCGGGAGCCGUGGAGCACAUAGAUAGCCUUGAAAAGGGCGGUUGCGGUGCAUCAUGGAGCUAUGAUGCAUCCUCUCGCACUAUGAUUUCAUAUGACAAUGUGGCGAUGGUGGAGGAGAAGACAAAAUAUAUUAUUCAAAAGGGCCUUGGUGGUGGUAUGUGGUGGGAGUCGAGUGGUGAUAGAGACCCCCGCAAUGGAGACAAAGCCAAUGGCAGUCUUAUCGGCACCUUUGUUGAAGGAGUUGGGGGAAAGUUGGAGACGUCGGAGAAUGCGCUGAGCUAUCCAGAGAGUAAGUAUGACAACCUGAAGGCCGGGUUUCCAAAUGGUACGACACAACACUAGGAAACUUAUAUGGAUGGCCCCAUUGCGGUAUCUAUCUGUUUAUAGUGCAUAUCUGGAGGAAUAUGCCACGAACUUGUUUUGUAUUUCCCACGGCACGUCCCUAUGUUUCGCAGGUGUAUGUAUAGCUUUCUUUUCUGCCUCUACUUCCUAUAUUUUCACCACGAUUUUACGAAAUGUCAUGAUGCCGCGUUCGUUACCCACUUUGCUUUGUCCAUAAUGAUAAGUUAGGGAGAAGACAAUACCCGCAGCAUACACAUAUAUUAGACAAUGAAACAAACGUUCAUCAAUCAUC